CCCCCUGUUCUUUGACAGAUGUCUGCAUAAGUGAAUUUCCCUUCCUUUCCCCUCUUUUCCUCUCCAGACCAGCUGCAUGCCCAAUUCCUCACAUUUUUGACUUCCUCGCUGUCUUUAGUACACAUGGUUCUGUGCUCUCUCCUAGUUGUGACUCCAGCCUAUCCAGUGGAGUCCCCCCCCAGUGGGUCGUUGUGUCGCUGGCCCAGAGAGCAGGCAUCCACCUGGGCUGAGGCUGAGGCUGCGAGGGAGCCCUGCCAAAGUGGAUAUCACCAGACCUCCCAGGGGCACAACCAUCCUCUUCCGUCCGCCCAUGAACUCUGUUGCCCAGACACUUAAUUGGUGGACAGCCGUGUUUCCAGUCCAAGCGUUUACUCCCCUUUCUCUUCUCCCUCCCUUUCUCUCACUGACUCACUCUCUCUCUCCCCCACCCCCUCUCCCUCUUACUUUUUUCAAUUUUUUUUCUCCUCUCUCCCUCUGGCUCUCUCUUUCUCUCUCUCUCUCUCUCUCUCUCUCUCUCUCUUUUUUCUCUCUCUCAGGGGGUUGGGCUCGCUGCCUCCUGAGUUGUCCGUUCGUCAGUGUGCGUUAGUGACAUGACAGUAGAUCGGAUUUCGUAGCAGUCCAUGUGCUCUAAGUUAAGCCAGUUCACCGGUGUUUUGGUCAAAGGAUGGUUCACCUAAGCCAUGUCACAGACCCAGGACUCCCUUGAGGACUCUCCACUGGACCACGGAGAACUCGAGGAGGCAGGGGCUUUCGGCGAGUCGGAACCCCAGGAGUGGAGCGACCACGUGGCGGAGAGUUCAACAGAGGAGUACUACGACUCACGCUCGUGGCACAGUGAAAGUUUUUCGGACCUUAGCCCCGACAACGAGGACUGCCUCUCUGCCCUGCUGGGGGCCGAGGACCUCUAUAAGGGAUGGCGCCUGGAGAACGGCCUCCCAUCCCAGGAGUGUAGGCCGCAUCGGCCCAAGAGGAGACAUAUCGAUGCCAGAGAACCCACAGACACCAGCAGCACAGGCGCUAACCACUUAGACCAGCAUAGCAUAGCAACCUGCAGCACAGAUAUUCUAGCAGAAAGAACAGUAUGUACAGACAACCCCAAUACACUAAGGACAGACUGUGAUGUCUCAAACUGUCUAGAGACCCACAACACGAAUACUUGGAACAUAUGUGACAGUACCAACACAGUCAGCACAACCAGCUCAGAAGCAUAUAGCUCGGAGACACAGAUCUUGUCUACAAAGUCACAAUGCACAGAGACAACAUGCAUAGGUUCGUCUUCUUCCAAAACACAGGGUCCUGAAACAGCACAGUCUUUUGAUACCAACUCUGCACUUAGCACUGACACACACUGCAUCAUCUUUCAAAGCCAUCACAGCAAAGAGAAUACCAACAGUGACACACAGCUUACAGAAACACAAAGCACACGUCAGCCCAGUCAGAAUGUUAUACAUACAGACCAACAGCUUACCCCAGACAUAGACACAAAGCCCUGCAGUGAAACAAGCAUAUUGAGUUUCCGGUCCCAGGUGUGUGUCAGCACUAUAGCGGAACCAGAUCCCCUCUCUGGGACCGAUCCAACCGUUCGAAAUACAACGACUCCGGCGGAUGCUGGACUUGCUCCCUCAUCAACCCCUCAUCUUCCUGGCCUAGAACGCUCCCUAUCUGAGUCACAGCCACUGUUGGAUACUCCUUCAAGUGAAAGGACCGGGGCAGAUGUGCUGCUGUUGAAAGGAAGCCAACAAGAACAGCAGCAGUCUCAAACAGAGCAAGAAGCUUGGCCCCAAAAUCAUGAGGAUGUGGUUACAAAUCUUCAAGUAAUAUCCGAGGGUCAAGACAAAGAGGACAUCAGUUGUAAAGAAGCCGCCAACCCUUCAGCUAUCUGUGACAAGAGUGUCUUGCCCAACUUAGGGGAAGAGAAAAGUGCUGUUGAGCAUCAUCAUGAGUCCAUCACCCUACACAGAGAGUCCAAUUCAGAUCUAAUUGCACAAUCUAACACUGUGAAACAGCCUAAGGAAUGUUCACCCCUCCCCCACAGCGACUGCAAGGACUCUCCCUCGCAAAUUUGUGAUGUAAGGCAAUCCUCUUUGUCCAUCCAGGCCCAAAAAGAGAGGGAGGAAAGAGAGCAGGCCUUAUCAGUGGAGGAAAGCAAAGAGAAGGAGGACGAAGAGGAGGAGGAGGAGGAGAAAAGAAGCCAUCAUGUUUACUUAAAACAGGAACAGGAUGCGGAGAGCACACAGCAACCCCUAGAAUCAAACUCACAUGCACAAGAGCUUCUAGAUUACGAAGGACAGUACGACUUAGAGAGCAGCAGUCUUGAAGAGCCGAGGCAACACAACCCUACAGACGUUUCUGUUGAAGUCACUGAUGAACUAUUUUUGACACAAACCGAACCAGGUGAUAGGACAGAGGCGUGUGGAAACCUAAAUGACCCUGAGACCCCUCGUGAAACAGAGCUUCUUCAGGCGGAAAUCAUCGCCACUCUAGCCUCAGAUCUUAGGACUAUAGAAAUCACACUGGACACCCACUCAACUCUCUCCAAACAGGUCCAGUCAGAGCUGGAUGAGCUGGUGCCUCGCUGUUGUGGGAAGUCCUCGCAUUCCGACUCAAACAAUAACACCAAGCCUGUUGUGGGUCCCAGUGGUGUGGAGUCUGCUGGUUGUAAUCUCUCCCUGGAGCUUUUCUCUGUAGACAGAACUGAAAGCAGCUUUGAGGACUGUGAUAAACUCCACACCCCCUCCCAAUCUCAGGCUACAGCAAAAACCACAGACUUGCCCGGGGAGAUCUCCAACGGGGCUUUCAGCCCCGCAGCAGAAGAAGAAGAGAGGGACUCCGAAGAGUUACUGUGUCCCCUUGAUUUUGAGCCUUACUGGAGCAGUGAGGACUCUGCCCUGUCUGGGUUAGGAGAUGAGACUGAUGGUGUGCGGUGUGAGUUCACCCUAGCUGAAGUGGAUGCACUGGAGAAACUUCCACUGCAAGGGUACCUUGACAGUGAGAAUCUCUACCAUCAUACACAUUCCCCACGGUCCCCAGAACAUUCUGAAGACAGCAGCAGGCUAGACAGUGCUGCUAACACCACCCAUGACUUUCUCCAGUCAAAUCAGGAAAAUGGGGAUGACCUUGAACCUUUAGCUUGUUAUUUGGAGAGAAGAGGUUUGUUGUUAUUUGCUGAGAAUAAAGAAGCAGAGGAGAGAAAGGGUCACAUAAAGCCUUUAUCUGAUGGUCACAGCACCAACACCAGUAACGACAGUAGCAGCAGUGAUUGUCCAGAGUUGGAGGAUUACGAUACAAUCAGUUCAGUUACUUCUUCACAUAUUAUCCAUACUACAGUAAGGAUAGUAAGGCACCCAUACCCAGAUUCAGGGUUUAGUCUGCUUUCAGUCCCGAGCCUUGAGCCCAUUCCAGAGACAGACCGCUCCCAGGAGAGUUCUGUGGUGGCUGAGGAUGAGGAAGUAAAUAACGAAGUGCAAAAAAGAGGAGGAGAAGGGAUGAAGCCAGCUGGGGAGGAGCGAGAGGGGAGGGAUGCCAUAGUCUUCUCCUCCGACAUGCCCGCCUUGUGCCUACAGGCUCAGAGUCCUGCUGAUGAACCUAAAGCUGAGCUCUCCUGUCCAGAGAGAGAGCAGCACUGUGAGCCCUGUGCUACUGAGUCAGGUAGAGAAAGGGGCGCCACCCUGCAGCCCGAAGAAGACGUGGCUGCAGAGAGACGCGGAAGGAGCCCAACAGCCUCGUCUCAGGAUCUGGACACCACCAGCACAAAUAGUGAGGAAACAGAUGAACUUUUUUCUGCUCACACAGGUGGGGGUGCCAGCCUACACAAACCCAUGAAGAAUAAAGGAAAGGGCAGCCAGUUGAGCAAGAGCUCCAAGUUCUCUGUCUUUGCAAAGAUGCCCUCUUUCAGGAAGGGAAAGAGCACCUCCAAGGAUGGCAAGAAGGUGCCCAGGGAGUCCUCAGACGGCGGGGUGGAUCUCCUGUUUUACAGGACGCACAGCCUGGAGCCAAGAGAGACGGAGCGUGAUAAUUCAGAUGAUGACGUCUUCUACAAGGGCGAGCUUCUCAACCAGACAGUCCAGCAGGCCUUCUCUGCACCCCAGUACGACGAGGAGGAAGAGGAGGAAGACCACGGGUUCUUCCCCUCGGGACCUCGCACACGGCACGUCCGCCAGUUAUACAGCCAGGGUGGGGAAGAGGCUGACAAAGAAGGCAGCUCUGAGUCAGUGCACAGCAAAGUGAGCCCCGGUGGUCACGAAGCACUGAACUACAAGAGAAGCAAGAGCAGUGACAGCCUGAGCUUACGACUGCGCUUUGCCCAGGCGCACAAGUCCUUGUCUAGCCUGUUCGAGUCACGUGCCUUGGACAAGGAGAACGAGGAGUACGGCACUCCAGGGCGGCCUGAGGCAGGAGAGGACUCGCGGAAGCAAUCCUGGAGGAAACUACGGCGGGCCAAAGAAGCGGAGCUACUGCGCCGCACCAUGUCGGUGCCGGAGGGUGACCAGCCCAAGGGUGGCACACGGCAGGUCCACAGCGACUACGCCACGCGCUCUGCCCAAGAGAGACUCAGCACACCCGACUCGCCCAGCAGUCCCCCCCGCGCCGUCUGCCACACCGACCCCCUCAAGAGGGCUCUCCAGCAGGACAGUCCCGAUGACAUGCCCCAGGGGAGCAAGUCAGAGGGCCGUCGGAGGAAGGCCCCUCCCAACGGUCUGUCAAUCAGCUUCUCGGACUCUGGCCCUCACUCUUCCGACGACUCGGAAGCUCCACAUCAUGCCGACUUCAGCCCUUUGUCGCCUGUGAGCCCCGGGUCUCUCACCAAUCACAUGUCUGCACGGUCGCCCGGGACCAAUGACAGUGCAGACUUCCCCAUAAGGCCCAUGAGCCCCAAACCCCACAAGAGCCCCAGGCCCGCUGGCCAUCGACGGCACUUCCGCCACGGCCCGGUGCGCUCCAGCGCACUCUCGUUCAUCCUUCUGGGUCAGGGCAUGAGUGUGGAGGCCCUCUCAGAACCCCCUGAGCGGCCAAAAACCCUGAAGCCCAAGGCUGGGCCCAUGGGCUCGCUCAGUCCUCUCAGUCCCAUGGACCCCAUCAGCCAGCGUGAGGAUGGGGCUAUGGAAGGCCAGUCUCAGAUCAGCUUGGUUACCUCCACAUCCAGCAAUGAGUUUGAGGCCUCACAAGACGGCAGUAGAUCUGCCACAAACACACCAGCGAAGAGACUGAUGGAGCUGGUGGACACCCCCCCGCAGGGUAUUGCACGAGGGCCGGGCCCCACCAGAUCAGUGUCGGACACGGGCACGGCCGGUGGGCAGGAGCACAGCCGGGCGUUCCACAGGCGACAGUGCUGCUCGGACGACCUGUGGAUCGAAGAGGAGAAGAACCGCAAGAAGAAGCUGGCCCGCGCUGUGCGCGAGCUGAACGCCCGACUCCCGGAAGAGAUGGAGAAAGCCAGGACUCGCCUCUCCCUCUCGGCCAUGGAGGCCUUCUCCGGGAUGCCUCUGAGAGGACACUGUUUCUCCCAGAGCACCCCCAUCGGCCUCGACUCCCUGGGCUGGAGACGUCGCAUGUCCUACCCCUCAGUGAUUGUGCCGGACGGCGCUUCAGAGAAGGCCGCGUAUGGGCAUGAAGGGGGCAGCGAGGAGGACCUGUUUGAGGACUUCCACAGCUCUGGCCAUCGAUUUGGCCAUUCCGGAGGAGGUGGAGAGCAGCUGGCCAUAAACGAGCUGAUCAGCGAUGGCAGUGUGGUCUUCGCCGAGGCGCUGUGGGACCAUGUCACCAUGGACGACCAGGAGCUGGGCUUCAAAGCCGGUGACGUCAUCGAAGUGGUAGAUGCCACCAACAAGGAGUGGUGGUGGGGCCGCAUCCUGGACAGCGAGGGCUGGUUCCCCGCCAGCUUUGUUCGGUUGCGUGUGAACCAGGAUGAGCCCAUGGAGGAGUACCUAGCCCAGCUGGAGGAGGCGCGCGAGGAGGAGGGCCAGGGGGUGGGCCUGCUGCUGGGGCCCGGCCUGCCCUGCAAGGAGCAGAUGAGGACCAACGUCAUCAACGAGAUCAUGAGCACGGAGCGCGACUACAUCAAACACCUGAAGGACAUCUGCGAGGGCUACAUCAAACAGUGCCGUAAGAGAACCGACAUGUUCUCAGAGGAUCAGCUCCGGGCCAUAUUUGGUAACAUCGAGGAGAUUUACAGGUUUCACAAGAAGUUCCUCAAGGGCCUGGAGAAAAAGUUCAACAAAGAAGAACCCCACCUCAGUGAGAUCGGCACAUGUUUCCUCGAGCAUCAAACAGAUUUCCAGAUCUAUUCGGAGUACUGCAACAACCACCCCAACGCCUGCCUCCAGCUCUCCAAGCUCAUGAAGGUCAACAAGUACGUGUUCUUCUUCGAGGCGUGUCGCCUGCUCCAGAAGAUGAUUGACAUCUCUCUGGACGGCUUCCUGCUCACGCCCGUGCAGAAGAUCUGCAAGUACCCACUGCAGCUGGCUGAGCUGCUGAAAUAUACCAACCCUCAGCACAGGGACUAUACGGAUGUGGAGGCUGCCCUGAAUGCCAUGAAGAACGUGGCCAGACUGAUUAAUGAGAGAAAACGGCGACUGGAGAACGUGGACAAAAUCGCCCAGUGGCAGAGUUCCAUAGAAGACUGGGAGGGUGAAGAUGUCCUCACUAGAAGUUCGGAUCUGAUCUUCUCAGGGGAGCUGACUAAGAUGUCCCAGCCACAGGGAAAGAGCCAGCAGCGCAUGUUUUUCCUGUUUGAUCAUCAGAUGGUCUACUGCAAGAAGGACCUCCUACGAAGGGACAUGCUUUACUACAAGGGUCGGAUGGACAUGGACCAGAUGGAGGUGGUGGACGUGGAGGACGGGAAGGACAAGGACUUCAACGUGAGCGUGAAGAAUGCCCUGAAGCUGCGCUCGCCCACGGGGGACGAGGUCCACUUGCUGUGUGCCAAGAAGCCCGAGCAGAAGCAGCGGUGGCUACGCGCCUUCACUGACGAGCGCACUCAGGUGCAGCACGACCGGGAGACAGGCUUCUCCAUCACUGAGGUCCAGAAGAAGCAGGCCAUGUUGAAUGCCUGCAAAACCCAUCCCUCUGGGAAACCCAAAGCGGUGACCCGGCCCUACUACGACUUCCUGCUGCGCCAGAAGCACCCGUCGCUGCCCUCCGCUGUGCCCCAGCAGCAGGUCUUCAUGCUGGCCGAGCCCAAGCGCAAGACCUCCAACUUCUGGCAAAACAUCGGCAGACUGACGCCUUUCAAGAAGUGAAGUCAGGAUGGAGAGCGAGAAGGAGAACGAAAGAGAACGGAGAGCUCACUUAGCUCGUGCCUGAACUUAAACCGUACCUUUUAUCCUCCUUUCUGUUUUGCUACAUUUCGUUUGGGUUUCGUUUUCGUUCGUCCUUUCCACGUCAUUCCUCCAAAUAAAUGACCAACUGUUGCUAGGAUACCGAGGAUGAAGAUGACAGUAAUGGUGGCGGUGUUGGUGAUGAAGAAGAUGAUGAUUAUGUUUCAUUUUUUGUUGUUGAGAAAGCACUUUAUAGGUUGGUUACAAUCAGACAUGGACAUAGACUGUGUGUAUACUCUGGGAGACUGCCCUAGAGAUUGUUGGUCCACUCUGAACUAUGAACAGCAUGGAUGGUUACUAAUACUACUACGGCUGCCAGACUUUGUGUGGAUUCGACAGCAGCCCUGUCUUUGAAAGAUACCAGACUGACGAACAUUUCUUUACUUUUACGGUUUCUGCUUGUUUGUUUGUUUAUUUUGUUUGUGUCAACAGUUGCCAAUUGUUCGCAGUGCCAGAAACAUUUGCAUUUUUUUUAUUUAAGUUCGUUCUUAUGUCGGCUAUGGAAAAAAAAAAGGUUUAAACAAAGGGGCAUCAUGAUCUGUGUAAUUAUUUCGGUUCCGAAACAGUCGCACCAUGUCUGAUACCAUCUGAUUUCAAUUAGCCACAAGGAUAGCCAUCUAAAUGGCGGCCUGUAGAACCCAAAGAUGAUACUUCAACUGAGAACUCAUGGCUGGUGCAAUUCAAACCCGUCAUCUUUCUCACUGUAUGAAUUUCCUUCUUUCAUCUGCACCUCCUUUUAGCCUUUUUUUUCUGAGUGCCCUCUGCCUAUUAUUACUAUUACUAUUAUUAUUACUAUUAUUAUUAUAACUUCGUUUUGGAAGUGCCAUUUUGAAGUGUCUCCCGGAUCAUACAGCUAUGCAUGGACUGCUUUUCAACAAAGCGCGUCAUCCAAACAUGACUCUCCCAAACGUUGGCCCGUGUCUGCUUUUCCUAGUGCUGCUGAAUGCAAAGAAACAAAAAAGGUCAUGGCUAAGAGGACACAUGGCCUGGAUGGACGGUGUUUUAUCUGGACAACAUGCUCAAUAUGACAAAACAGCAGCGGCCUGGGAGUAAUACCCGAAUGUCUGAAGACCCAAGUGUUUUUUUUUCUCCUCAACCUUUUGCAUAUACCAGAGAGGAAUGUGCCUGCUUUGGAAUACUGAUAGUGCUUAUCUUUUUGGGGGAGGUAUAAUGCCUGUAUUUCACACUGCCCUCCAGUCUGCGUCAGCUCCCCCUCAUAGAUCCUCCGUUUCCCUGGAGACAGAAGUCUCUUCUCCAGCGUCACCGACUCCCUGAUGAAUACUCGCUCCGUUGCCGCCACAAAUCAAACUAUGUUUGUUGUGACAAAAAAAAGACACACACGAUUUUUCAAGAAAGAAAAAAAACUGUAACUGCUGCUUUGUGCUGGCUCUUGACAAUGCGAUUGGAGAGAGACUCUUGAAGAAUUUAUGGGAACUAGGUUAGGUGGACUUCAAGACAGCCUGUAACCAUGUUUAAUGCUCUGAUCUUUGCGAAGCAGAAUAUAUUUUUAAUCAGCACUGCGCUAACACAGUCAAGUCUCGACACUAUUGCAUUUCCAGUCAGACUAUGCCCCAUUCUCAGUUCCAGACAAUACCAAUGUAAAUCAUUUUGGGUUUUCAUCCAUCCUUCUUUCUUGUAAGUGCAGUGGAUUGCACCGUAUGAAUUAGUCUGUAUAUUCUCUGUAAUCACCCCCUCUACUAUUCCAAGUCUACUAAAAUGCUGCUUGUACAAAAAAAAAUGGAUGACAUCUUUUGAAUAGGUUGAAUCUGAAACUGCUUGUGGAUUCUUUUGGGGAAGACACAAUGGAUUCUCUUUCAGUAUGCCCAUAAGCGCUCGAAAAGGAUGACUUGUGAAGGACACGCCAGCACUGAUUACGAAUCUGUAUAGGCGAGUGUUGAAGGGGCAGACAUGGCCUUCUGUGCAGACAAAACUGAGAGACAAAGGCAAGCCCCAGAAGAAAUUAGUUUUUUGUUUGUUGUUCUUUUUUUCCCUCUGUCCUUGUUUUUCCUCCCUCAUAAGCUGUGAGCCUUUCUGAUAGAUUGCAUUCCCCUUAGGAACACUAUUGCAGCCAAAAACAGGACCGCCUACGUGAGGAACAGGUUUCUGUGUGUCUGUGUGUCUGUGUGUCUGUGUGUCUGUGUGUGUGUGUGUAUGAUGGCACCUGGUGUGAAUAUCCAAAAGAAGGCUCUGAUUAUAAUUACCAAACUCCCCACUGACACACCUGCUGCUGCAAACAGGAAGAUUCCCCCUCUAUUGUUGUCACAAGAGGCUAGUUUCCAAAUGUUCCCACUAUCCAUCACUGUCCUUCAAUCCAGCUGUCUGCAUCGUUCCUUUGUGUAUCAAUAAUGUAAAGUCAAUAAUGUGCAACACCAUUACCUCUGUGCAUCACGUUCACCUCUACCUGUGGUCUUGUAGUCGACAGAGGGGUCUGUGGAACCAUUUGCCCAGGACAAAUUACUUCAUUUGUGGAAACCAUUUGAGAGCCAUACCCCUUCAUUUCCUUUUUAUACUGACGUCACCUGCUGCUUCUGUUGUGGCUGCAUCCUGCCCCCUGGUGGAGAAUACAUUUAUGGUUUGCUUCUUUCCGUUUUACUAUUUUUUCCUGAUGGGUCGGCCAUGUUGUAUAACUGGUUUUCAGUCGGUUUUGUGUGACCCGCUCCCCAGCCCCUUAGACCUAGACUGGAUCCGUCAGAGACACAAGCUUUAGUGCUGAAACCUUUUUCUGAUGGUCGAGUGUGGACAGUUCAUCUCAAGGUUCUGGUUCAGUAGAGCAGUGAUCUUGAAAGGGUAUUUAAGUGAAUCUUUACACAAAAAGGUGUGAGACCCCCAACCACUGGAGAAAAGCAUUUCUUCAGAAUAUCUCUACUGUGGUCAUUCGUCGAGCAUGUAAAGGCAUUUUUUUUUUAAACUCAUACAUUUUUGUCUCAUUUGAGAUUAAAAUCAUCUACUUCUUUAAGCCUAUAAGUAAUCGUUUACCUGUUUCUACAUUCGAAUAAUGCUAUUUUGCUUAAUACAUGACUGUAACUGACCUACAAUGCGAAAAAACACAAAACAAAAUACAAAAAAAAAAAAAACACUGAAAAGUAUGAGAAUGCCAAUUACUGCCUGUUGCAGUGUACCCUGAGUGGAGUUUGGCACUUGUGAAAAUGUAAGUAUAGUUUGUUUAAAUUACAAAACAGAGAUAAAAGAGUGUUUGUACAUAAUAUUUGUAUGUGUAUGGUUGUUUACAUAUGCACUCAAAAAUAAUGGGGAAAUAAAACCAUUUAAAGUGUUUAA